AUGUCAACGGAUGAAGGGUAUUUGAAUGCCUUAGAAUUACAAAGGAAAGCAUUCGAAAGCCAGUUUGGAUCGUUGGAGUCCAUGGGAUUCGAAGACAAGACAAAAAAUGUUCAAAACACUAGUGAGCAAGAAAGCCAUGAUGCAAGCGAAGGAAGGGAUAGUUCCGCAGCUGAUAGCAAUGAGAAUGACAUCAACAGUGACGCUGGAGAUGAGCAUACGGGUAUGAGCUCUGCAGAAGAAGAAGAGGAAGAAGAGGAAGUUAAAGAUAAAGUUAAAGCACAUCAACCAAAAGUGAUCAAAUUCAGUGGGCCAGGUGAUACGUAUAUUGAGCCAAGUAAGAAAGAACAGAAGAUGAUAAGGUGUGGUCAAACACUUGGUAAAAUAGCGAGAAGGAUUGCAAGGAAUGAGGCCAAGAAUAAGAAGAACGAAAAAGAAGAUGAAAAUGAAGAGGCAGAAAAUCUGAAAAAUGAUGUUGAACUACAACAAUUUUUGAAAGAGUCACAUUUACUGAGUGCAUUUAGUAAUGGAUCCAGGGAUGACAAUGCCAGUGAUGCUGGCAUAAGUUUAGAUAGUAUCAAAGAUGGCGCCGAUGAUUCUAUUGUUUAUCAGGAUGACCAGAUAAUGGGUAAAGCAAGGUUGCGUACCCUUGAGAUGAGGUUAAAGAAUUUAUCAAAGGCUAAUGGUCAUGAGAAAAAAAUUAAUAAAUUGGAGAAAGUUCCUAUGAAUGUCAGAAAAGGUAUGGUGGACAAGCAUGUUCAGCGUAUUAAGAAUUUCGAGCAAGAUGCCAAAGAUGGUGGUAUUAUUUUGUCCAAAGUGAAGAAAGGACAGUUUAGAAAGAUCGAGUCCACUUACAAGAAAGAUAUUGAGAGACGUAUUGGUGAAAGUGUGAAAAGUAAAGAUAAAAAGAGAAACGCCAAAAGAGAACGUGGUCUUAAGAUUAAUACAAUUGGUAGAUCCACCAGAAAUGGCCUAGUAAUUUCUAAAGAUGAAAUAAAACGUACUUCUGGCUCUGCUUCUGAUAAUAUACGUAAAAAGGGCGGUAAAAGGAGAUGGUAA